GUGGCGGUAAUUGCCGCGUAUUUGAUGGGUACACUGUGCACGUUCACUACAGCAGUGCUGGUUUAUUUUCGAAUUAUCGGAGCACGUCGCCAAAGUGAAGAAUUUUUAACGGCUGCAACUGUUACUGAGCUCACCGAUUCCAGGGAUAAGUUGGCUAGCUUAUCAGUGAGCACUGCACAUUCCAUACCACGUCAGCCCAGCAGUGGCACUCUCAGAAUCUUCCCACAGCUGCUUACGCUGCGCAAAAAUACGUGCAAAAUAUUGCGCCUAAAAAACACUCACCAUGCCGACUGGAUCGCUGUCCGCAUUCGCAUAAAUAACCCCGUACUAAGUGUGCAUCCGGCCAAAAUUUUAAUACCGCCGGGCCGCAUUAGCGCAGUAAGUUGUACUGAAGUGACGAUGAAAGCGGUUCCGAAGGGCCGGAUGACCAGCCAACUUCUCGUACAGUGGUUCUCGGUAGGUGUACACUGUCCGGCACGCAAUGUGAACUCACUGUGGACCAGGCCUUACAGUAUCCCACGCAAACAGUGGCAUUACAAAAUGAUCCGCGUUCAACUCGAGGCGAACUAA